AUGCAGGCAAUCAUACAGAAGCAGAUGGAAAAGGCCAUCGCGCUGAGGAAACCAGCCUCCUCGCUUUCGUGGCGGCCCGACCAGCCCUGGAAACAGCCUGUGUACAGAUGGAGCAGCAACGCGGAUGAAUGGCAGCCACUUCAAGCAUCCGAGCCGUCACCAAACAGAGCAAAAGCCACGAAGCUAGCUAUUUACAGUUGGAACAUCGAUUUCAUGCUCCCUCAUGGCGACAGCCGAAUGAACUCAGCGCUGAAGCAUCUUGAAGAGCUGAGUCGCCAGCAUCGGUCUGACGACAAGACAGCGGUUGUCAUCAAUAUUCAAGAAUGCGUACCAUCUGAUUUAGAUCUCAUUGGCGAGAUGAAUUGGAUUAGGGACGGAUUUUACCGGACAGAUGUUGAUACUGCCAACUGGGCUUCAGGUGCUUAUGGUACAACGACGCUGGUCGAUCGCCGACUUGAUGUCCUGUCCUGCUUUCGAGUACAUUAUUCAGCGACUCAGAUGGAGCGCGAUGCCCUCUUUGUCGAAGUAGGAGCAUCUGGUCAGAAGCUUCGAGUUUGCAACACCCACCUCGAAUCACUUGCUCUGGAACCUCCACGCCGCCCAGCCCAGAUGCAGCAAAUUGCUUCACAUAUGCGUGCCGACAACAUCUCGGGCGCUGUCGUGACUGGAGACUUCAACGCUAUCCAACCAUUCGACAGGACUCUCCACACAGACAACAAGCUCGAAGACGCAUAUCUCAAACUCGGGGGCACAGAAGGCGAUGGUAGGGAUGAUAACCAAGGGUAUACGUGGGGACAACAGGCCCUACCACAACUGCGGCAGCAAUUUGGCUGCUCGCGCAUGGAUAAGGUGUUUUUUUGUGGUGAUGCACUUGAGCUGUUAGAGUUCGAGAGGUUUGGUGCUGAUGUUGAGCCGGAGGAGUCGGAGGAGGAUGUUCGAAAGGAUCUGCUGUCGCUUGGCUUUGAGAAGCCGUGGAUCACUGAUCAUCUUGGUGUCAAGGCAAUUUUUGACAUUAAACAUUGA